UACUUUUCCCUCAUAGAAACUAACAGAUCAGGUUAACACAAAAACUUCAUUCAAAAUUUAUAUUGAUCCACUCAAUCCUAGCCAUGAAGGUCUCUCUUCUUCUUGUUGUUUUGAUCUGCUUUCCACUUGCAAACGCCAACGGCGGCUCCUCUUCUAGUUCCGUUAACCGGAAUAGUUUUCCGGCAGGUUUCUUGCUCGGAGCGUCUUCCGCUGCCUACCAAUACGAAGGAGCAACAUCUGGAGAUGGCAGAGGGCCAAGUAUUUGGGAUAAUUACAUCCACAGCUAUCCAGAAAAAAUAUCAGAUGGAAGCAACGCAGAUAUAGCCGACAACUUUUAUAAAUCGUACAAGGAAGAUGUGAAACUGAUGAAGUUCGUAGGACUUGACGCUUUCAGAUUAUCAAUUUCAUGGUCGAGAAUUUUGCCACGUGGGAAGUUAAGUGGGGGAGUGAACAGAGAAGGGAUUGCGUUUUACAACAAUCUCAUCGAUGAGCUUCUGGCAAAUGGCAUACAGCCUUUUGUGACGAUCUACCACUGGGAUCUUCCUCAGGCACUGGAGGAUGAGUACAGCGGAUUCCUUAGCCCUCUUGUUGUAGAUGAUUUCGUGGAUUUUGCGGAGAUCUGCUUCAAGGAAUUCGGAGAUAGAGUGAAGCAUUGGAUCACCAUGAAUGAGCCCUACGUGUUCACCAGCGCCGGCUAUGACGCCGGCGUCUUCGCCCCGGGGCGGUGUUCUCCCUGGGUUUCCGGCGCCGGCUGCCCCAGUGGGAACUCCGCCACAGAGCCUUACAUUGUUGCGCACCAUCUGCUCCUUUGCCACGCUGCAACAGUGAAAUUGUACAAGCAAAAGUACCAGGAAUCUCAGAAGGGAGAGAUUGGUAUAACCAUAGUGUCUCAAUGGAUGGUACCAUAUUCGAGUAGCGAACUUGAUAUUAAAGCAGCCAAACGCGCCCUUGAUUUUGUGUAUGGCUGGUUCCUUAACCCGUUGGUGUAUGGGGAAUAUCCUUCCACCAUGCGUAGUCUCGUCGGAAAACGCCUGCCGGAGUUCACCGCCGAUCAAGCGGCGAUGUUGAAAGGCUCUUUUGAUUUUCUUGGCGUAAAUUACUACACGGCCAAGUACGUGGCUCAUGCCACCUCCGUUAAUAACGUCAACGUCAGUAGCUCAACCGAUGCUCAAGUCAUCUUCUCAACUGAGAAAGAUGGAAAACCUAUAGGUGAACCGACUGCAUCAAGUGAUAUGUUCGUCUAUCCCGAAGGGCUUCGAAAUCUUUUGGUCUAUACCAUGCAAAACUACAACAAUCCCACAAUUUAUGUUACAGAAAACGGGAUGUCUGAUUCCAGUAGUCUCUCAAAGCUGGAAGGGAUUGCAGAUUACAAAAGAGUAAAGUUCUAUCGCAAUCAUCUCUUAUACCUCAAAGAAGCUAUUCAGGUUGGUGUGAACGUCAAAGGUUUCUUUGCAUGGUCAUUUCUCGACAACUUUGAAUGGACAGAUGGAUACAACGUUAGGUUUGGAAUGUGCUAUGUGGACUACGAGGAUGGGCUCAAAAGAUAUCCAAAAUAUUCAGCGCUUUGGUUCAGAAAACACUUUAACAAGGACUCCACUGCCUCAAUGGCAGCCAGCCUUUGAAUUCUAUUAUUUUAUUUAUUCAAUUAUUUAUUUUCAAUUUCUUUUUCCAUUUAAUUCUUUUAGGUCUUAGCAUAGUUAAAUAUAUUCUUGUCCAUACAUCGAAUCUUCUACUAUUUUUAGUUUAGGACUUAGGAGAUGAUGAGACCACAUUCUUUCAUAGGCUUGUCACUAAGAUUAAGGAUAUGGUUUAGAUCAGAAGAGUUGAAUUCUUUUACUGCCACAAAUGGAUGUAUGCAGAGAAUUGAAUAUUUUAUUUAUUAAUUGGUAUGUUACUCAUGA